AUGCCGGUUAAAGUCGAAUACGCUAGCGAUGAGGAUGCUCCUCGAUCCUUCGAGAUCGAGCACUUGGCUUAUACGGAAUCCGAAGAUCCUGUUGAACCCUUGCUCUUCCCUGGUCCUAUGCCUCCUGACGCCAGCGAAAAGCGCGCAGCAAUUAUCCUGAAGCACAAACGCGAGGAUGCGAGCAUUGUCUGGCUCAAGGCCGUCGAUACGGAAACAGGGCAAAUGAUCGGCUUCGCUCAGUGGCACAUCUACGAACCUGGCAAGCCAAUACCCGAGCCCCCACCGCGCGAGUUUGGUCCAGGCAGCAACCCCGAAGUCUGUGAAGCAUUUUUCGGUUCCAUCGACGCCAAGCGACAGCAGGUGAUGGGCGACAAGCCUCACAUCUUUCUUAAAUUCCUCCAUACCGAUCCGAAGCACCAACGUCGUGGGGCCGGUAGCAUGCUGAUCAAAUGGGGCAUUCAGCGCUCGGAGGAGCUGAACUUACCGGCGUACCUGGAAGCUACGUCGGCCGGUCAUGGGCUGUAUGCGAAGCAUGGUUUUCAGGACAUUGGCAGGUUAGAUUUUGAUUUGGCCAAGUGGGGUGGGUCGGGUACUACUGGGGUUGUUCUUAUGCUUCGACCAGUGCCUGCGUAA